CUUUAAUUAUAUUAAUCAAAGAAAGGAGAUUGAGGAUGACUAUCCUCAUUGAUCAGCCUCAAUUUGGGACUGAAGUGGGAGGAAAAAGGGUUCUCAAUAAUGAAAAGGAGUUGGAGGGUGACGAAGGAUUUAGAAUGCCCAAUGCCAAUUCUUUUGGCCACAAUUUUAGGGAUUAUGAAGUUGAAAGUGAAAGGCAAGAAGGGGUGGAAAUUUUCUAUAGGACUAAUCACAUCAACCAGACAUAUGAUUUUGUGAAGAAGAUGAGAGAAGAGUACAUAAAAUUGGACCGAGUGGAAAUGAGCAUAUGGGAAUGUUGUGAACUUUUGAACAACGUUGUUGAUGAGAGUGAUCCUGAUUUGGACGAGCCUCAAAUCGAGCACUUGUUACAAACUGCUGAAGCCAUUAGGAAGGACUAUCCUAACGAAGAUUGGCUACACUUGACUGCCCUUAUCCAUGAUCUUGGAAAGGUUCUUCUUCUUCCUAGCUUUGGUGAGCUUCCUCAAUGGGCUGUUGUUGGUGACACUUACCCCGUUGGAUGUGCUUUUGACGAAUCAAUCGUUCACAACAAGUACUUCAAGGAAAAUCCCGACUACAAAAUUCCUGCUUACAACACUAAAUAUGGAGUUUAUAGCGAACGUUGUGGCCUUGACAAAGUGAUGAUGUCUUGGGGGCACGAUGACUAUAUGUAUUUGGUGGCGAAGGAGAAUAAAUCAACCUUACCUUCGGCCGGUCUUUUUGUGAUCAGAUACCAUUCAUUUUAUGCUUUGCAUAGGUCGGGAGCUUACAAGCACUUGAUGAAUGAGGAAGACAAGGAGAAUCUGAAGUGGCUAAAGAUUUUCAACAAGUAUGAUUUAUACAGCAAGAGCAAGGUUAGAAUUGAUGUCGAAAAGGUUAAGCCAUAUUAUCUCUCUCUCAUUGAAAAGUACUUCCCUGAAAGGCUGAGGUGGUAAGGAGUUUGUGAAGGGUACGAGCGCCCAUGUAGUCUCGAGAUUUAUGAGUUCUUAACUAGAAAACAUUUGCAUUGUAGCAUAUGUUUUCUAGUUGUUUGAAUAAUGUUUCUUCCAUUGUAUAUGUUUGUUUUGCUAGAUAAUAAAAUAAUCGAAGUAAUAAUAUCUGUUAUUGUGUUUGAAUCUACAUGUUCAACAAAUAUUGGGUA